CAAAGUAAAGGAAAGUCAGUGCGAUUCUGCUGCUGUCAAAAAAAUUACGGAAAUCAUGAGCGGCCUUCUAUGCUUGUAGCGGCUGUCACACUGUCCUUCGUCUAACAUGGAUUAACAGUUAAAUCAUGCUAAUGGAGGAACAGAUCAGCUUUGGAGAGGAGGAGGGCUCUAGAGAGAAGGGUGUGCUCUAUAGAUGGCAGGGGUAUUCCUGCAAUGUUACAUUUGAGAGAUUGGGUUUAUCCAGACCUGUGCUUCAUGCUGCGCUGGGGGCGUUACAUGGACUUCUACUGACAGAAGAUGGAUGUGUUUACAGUUUCGGUGAACAGCCGUGGAAUCAAGUGAGUUGUCACCCUGUCAGCCCUGUUUUAGAGAGCUCCCUUAGUGGUCAGCAUGUGAUAUCUGUGUCUGCGGGCAGCUAUCACUGUUCUGCAUUAACUGACAAUGGCCUUGUUCACAUGUGGGGGGAAAACUCCUACGGUCAGUGUGGCAUCUCUGGAAUGGACCACCUUCCCAAUCCCACUCCUGUUAACGUGGUAGAUGAUGAGUCCCAGCCUCCUCAACUGGUCCGGAUCCAGAAUGUGGCCUGCGGGGCACAGCACACCCUUGCCCUGUCUGGAAAGAACGAGGUCUGGGCCUGGGGUAGUGGCUGCCAGCUGGGACUGGUAACAAAUGUGUUCCCUGUAUGGAAACCCCAGAAGGUGGAGCAUCUAGUGGGAAGAUAUGUAGUUCAGAUAGCUUGCGGGGGCUUUCACAGUCUUGCUUUGGUUGAGUUUCUUUCAACCCCGGAGGCCUGUCAGCAUAUCCAGGAUAUCUAUCCUGGGCAGUGCAAACAGAGCUUGUACACUCUGACCGACAAAGAUGAUCAUGUUAUUAUUUCCGAUGAUCAUUACUGCCCGCUCGGGGUGGAACUGGCUGAUUCUAAACAAGGUUCAGGAAAGAUUUCUCCAGCUCAGAUGCCGCCAACCAAGCACUCAACGUCUGACUGCCAAGAAUCCCUGUGGCCAGAAAACGUUUAUGUAAACCAGCAAUCCUCAUCUCAGGAAAACUCAGAGAAUCCUGUUGGUGUUACUGACAUCAGGCGAGUUCCUCUGGGGAGAGCAAAAAGCAAAAACAGUGCAUACCCAGAUGAACAAGCUCUUAAAGACUACCUCAAAAGAAUCUCAGACCAGACUCUUGCAGAGCAGGCAGAAACUGCUUCGUUGGGAGGAUCAAGUGGUCCGAGCCGUCAGGCAUCACUCACGCACCCUUUCAGAUCUGACCUUUUUGAUGAGAGUAUAAUGCUACCUGCUCCAACAACUGAUGAUGUUACACCUCUGGCAAAACAAGUCAAACCUUCUCAUCUAUUACCAUUGGGGGAUUCUAGUUAUAACAAUUUUUCACAGGACUCCAGUGUUAAUCGAGGGGUUUGCAUCAGUGACCUCGUGAACAGCAAUGGAUGUUUGUUUGAGUCCUGCGAGGAGGGCGUAGAGGCAGCUGGAUUGGACUUGUGUCUGACUGAUACUCUCCAAAGCAAAAAGAGUAUCAGUCUGAAUGACAUCUUUGUAGAGGACAGCGGUGCACAUGAUCGCAGAGGCUCUUUAACCAGCAUCCUCUCUCCAGCAUCAUCUUCUGACAGUCAUCUGAUCAGCUAUGCAAGAGCUGUAGCGGACAACAGGGGUACUUCAGAGCAUAAAAAUCUCUUCCCGUCCCUCUACACAGAAGUGUGGAGCUGGGGAAGUGGCCAGGAAGGACAACUAGGUCACGGAGACCAUUUGCCCAGGUUACAGCCUCUGUGCAUCAAAAGCUUAAGUAAAAAGGAAGUUGUGAAGAUCACUGCUGGAGAGAAUCACUCUCUGGCUCUGACAGCACAGUGUCAGGUUUAUUCAUGGGGAAGUGACAAAUUUGGACAGCUAGGUCGAAUUAACACUCCAAACACAGUUCCUAAUCUUACUAAAGUUUCUGAUGGAAUCCGUGUAUGGGACAUGGCAGCGGGGCAAACCCACACUUUACUGCUGGCUGAUGGAGACUUUUACCAGCCCAUAUUGUAUUACACUGGAGAGCAGGUGAUGUGGAACGCUGACAGCUCUCAUCCUUUCUCUGAUACAUAUACCCAGACGCCCACCCUUUUACCUUUCAGCAUGAAGAUUGGCUAUGUAAGCCACGUGUUCAGUGGAGGACUGAAUUGUUUGGCUUUGGCCGAUCAGAACACUAUGGGUUUCAUAGCCACAGUUCAUGAACUGGCUUCAGCAGAGAGGGAGUUCUACUGCACUCUUAGUAAAGUAAAGAGUCAAAUAUUGGCUCCUCUUCUGCGUCCGGCGAGCCUGGCCUUGUGUCUGGGUCCGUCCUCCAUGUUGCUGUUUCAGGAGGUGGCUGGUAGGUUCAGCAAGCUUUGCCACCUGACAGGACAGAACUCAACGUCGCUGACCAACUUCCUGCAGCGUGGAAAAGUGAUCAAAACACUGGCGUUGAUCAAGAACACACAUAUUUUCAUAGACACCUAUAGAGAGUACAGUGAUCCAGUUGGAAACUUUCUUGUGAUGGGAGGAUUCCAGUCAUUGGUGAAACCGUUACAGGAAAUCUUUGGAAACAAACUGGAAUUGAUACACACACUGGUGGAGUCCAAGGAGAAUAACCUCUCGCCCUGUGAGCUGUUAGUCACUUUGUUUUACUCGCCUCUGCAGCAUCUGCACAGCUAUAACAGAUUACUUCUCAAACUGGCCAACUGCUUCGAUGUGAGAACUGAGGAAUACCAUUGGAUUCAUGAUGGCAGCUCAAAAUAUGAAGCUUUAGCUCGUCUUCUAAGCAAGCAGAGAAAAGAUGCAGAGAGCACUUUUAAUUUCUGGAAAAACUUUAGAGGAAAGAGUACGGAAUCCCUGCGCAAGCCGUCUCGUCGCCUGAUUUGCGAGAGCACCAAUAAAAGUCUGACGCUACAGAACGCUGGAAGAUUUUCUGGCAGCUGUUUUAUACUCUUCAAUGACGUUCUGGUCCAUGCACAGGGCACUGUUCCAUCAAAGAUGUUUUUCUCAUCUCACUUUGUUUAUCCGCUGGCUACACUUUGGGUGGAGCCCAUCUCUGAAGAAAGUGAGGGCAUUCUUGGCCUUAAGCUGACCACUCCUGAAGAUAGCUUUGUUGUUCUCGCAUCAUCUUCUGUGGAAAAGGGAAAGUGGCUGAGAGCAAUUAACAAGGCCACUGAUGAUGUGCUUACCGCGAGACUGAACGGAAAGACUUGUGUGUCCAGUGGCCGCCAGACAAGUGAACCUCCUGUGUCGCGUACUGCAGCCUACAGUUUCAUCAAAGAGGGUCCACUCAAAGAUACCUCAUAUGAUGGCCGCUGGCUGUCAGGCAAACCUCAUGGAAAAGGAAUUUUAAAGUGGCCAGAUGGGACGGUUUACUGUGGCACAUUUAAGAAUGGACUGCAGGAUGGAUUUGGAGAUUAUAUGAUGCCCAACAGCACUUUCAACAAGUUUGAGCGUUACCAGGGUCAAUGGAAGGAGGGGAAAAUAAAUGGCUUUGGAACGUACUGGUAUGCUUCAGGUGAGGUAUACGAGGGCUCGUUCAAAGAGAACUUGUGUCACGGUCACGGCAUGUUACGCAGUGGAAAGAUGGCCUCUCCUUCCUCCAGUAGUGUGUUUGUGGGCCAGUGGGUUCAAGGGAAGAAAAAAGGCUACGGGGUGUGUGAUGACUUCAGCAGGGGAGAGAAAUACAUGGGAAUAUGGCUUGAUGACCAGCGUCAUGGAGAUGGGCUUGUUAUCACUCAGUUUGGAUUGUAUUAUGAGGGAAGCUUUUGUAAUAACAAGAUGAUGGGCAAUGGGACUCUACUUUGUGAUGAUGACACAGUCUUUAAGGGCGAGUUUUCAGAUGACUGGACUCUAUGUGGAAAGGGUGUUCUGUCUAUCCCAAACGGUGACUCUUUGGAUGGGACCUUUGAUGGCCGCUGGGGAACCGGAUUGAGAGUGGCUGGAAUUUUUACAAAGCCCUUUGAAACAUUGAGGACAGAAACCAUUUCACUCGUGGAUGGUUGUCACUCAGUUCCUGCGGAGGAAAAGUGGAAUGCUUUGUUUGAGGAAUGCUGGUCUCGACUGGGUUGUGAAAAGGCAUUAAAAAACUUGACUCCAGGUCAGGGAGUAUUUGAGAAAGCUUGGGAGAACAUUGCGAUCUCCCUCACUGCCAGACGUAGACAACAGAAAGAUCGUCCGGAGGAACUGAGACGAUCUCAGAAUAAGAUGCUGGAGACUCUUGAGGUGAUUCCUAAACAUUUGGGACCUGUUACUGCAGACUCCUACAACAACAUCCGCCGUUAUCUCAUGAAGGCCUGUGACACCCCUUUGCAUCCUUUGGGCUGGUUGAUGGAGACCCUUGUCACCGUGUACAGGAUGACCUAUGUUGGUGUGGGCUCCAGUAGACGUCUCUUACAGCAAGCAGUGGACGAGCUUCAUUCAUUUCUGACACGCAUAUUCAAGUUAGUGAGGUUUCUGUUUCCUGCUCUCCCAGAGGAUGGUGGUUUUAUUCUGGAUUCCUCAAGCUCUUCAGAUGAGUUCACAGACAGUCUUAACAGCAGUACACACUCAGAAACUCCCCAGCAGGGUUUAAUAGUGAGCAGCUCAAAUCUGCUGCUGCCUGUGCUUCUGCCGAGGCUUUACCCGCCUCUCUUCACCCUCUACACCCUGGAGAAAGAGAGAGAGGAAGAAGUCUACUGGAGCUGUGUGUUACGACUCAACAAACAGCCUGAUCUCGCUCUCCUAGCCUUCCUUGGAGUACAGCAACGGUUUUGGCCAGUUUCUAUGUCUGUAUUGGGAGAGACAAAAGAGGUUUUACCGAGUACUAAAGAUGCUUGCUUUGCAGUUGCUGUUGAAACCCUGCAACAGAUCAGCACAGCGUUCACUCCCUUGGAUAAGUUACAAGUGCUCCAGCUGACCUUUGAGGAGGUUACACAAGAUGUGCAGGCUCUGCUCGGCCAGGAGUUUUUUUGGUGCAUGGAUGACCUCUUUCCAAUCUUCCUCUUUGUGGUGCUCCGCGCGCGGAUCAGAAAUCUGGGCUCUGAAGUAUGUCUGAUAGAAGACCUGACAGACUGCAGUCUACAACUGGGACAACUCGGAUUCAUGCUGACCACUCUCAAAGCCUGCUACAACCAGAUUCAACUUGAGAAAACUAUAUAAGAGUAUUUGUUCAAUGCAGCUUUCCCAGUUUACACCACACUAACAGCCAUAUAAAUAGACACGGAUAGCAGGUCAAGCCAGCAGGUGUUUUCCAGACAUUCCACACACCUCUCCCGAAAUAACUAUGCUACAGAUAUUGAUUUCAUUACUUUAUACAUGUGAUACUACUACACAGUGAUGUUUUCAUAAGAAGAAUCUUUUAGAAAAAUUAAAAUUUAAAAAGACCUUAUGAACUGCAAAGAUAUAUCAUAACAGGGUCCAGUUGCAUAAACAUAUCCGCUAACUUAAGACUGUGUCUUAAAGCGGCCCUGACACACACGGUUUCUGCCAGCCUCAUAUUAAUCUUGAGUAUCUAUAGAGUAUUAUUGCGUACUUCGUAUCUUCGAAGAGUAUUAAGAUUGAUCACUUUUAUAAAAGAUAUAUACAGCUCUACGAUUAUUUCCAAAAUCACAUGGGGCGUGUGGGGGGAGGGGGAGGCUGAACUAAAGCACAUUGCCAACAAAACACAGACAUUGGUUUCACUCAAAGGAUGCGGUUCAUGUCCGGCAUCUUUUAGCGCUGGGACUUCUCCGUAGAUCGUUUUCAAACGAUCUCCAAAUCCAGCGUUAUAUCCACCAUUUAUAUAACAUUCAUCACCCAAAUGCAGUGAACAAACAAACACCUGAACUUCUGCAAAAGAGAAUUUUACAUACAGUAUUUUUGUAGUGCAUUUCAUUUUGAAUUAACGUUGUCUGAAAACCGGCCUUUAGCAAUAAGGGAAUAAAAUAUCUUAUUCAUAUUAUUUUUUUGAAUGGCAAGGAAAUGUGUUAAGCAAUAAGAUCUUAUUCAUUUCAUAAAGGUCUUUAGAAUUCCUUAAAAGCAUGGUCAGACAGGUGAGAGAUUAUGUGUAAGUGUUGUACAUGAUUAUACUGUAUGUAAUUAAGUAUUUCUAUUGAACUGAUUAACAUGCACUGAAAGCGUUUUGCCUAUUUUGUUUUUUAACCGAGGUGUUUGGUAUAGUAGUACACAAAUAUAUAUUUUUAAUGACCGAUGCUGAUAUCUAGAGAGAAUGAAGGCCAAUAUAUGUUGAUAUAAUCAUAAUACAAUAUCAUUUUGACAAAUAAGGCAUACACUUAAUUCUACUAAACAAAGACAACUAAAAUAAACAAAGAACAAUGUCUAUAAUCUCAGAUUGGAAAAAAAUUAGUUAUCCGCCUUUCAAUAUCUACAUCUUUCAGAAAGCUGGUUAAAAAGGCAUGAGUUAUAACAAUAAUAAAGAUAGCACCUUUGUUGCUAAAUGUAAAACUGAUGGUUUAUUUUUAUUCUAGAAAGGUUGAUGGUUUCUAAAUUACUUGCACUAUAAUUCUUUACAAUAUUUGCAAAUUAUUAGGAACACAUUUUUUGAACAGUUUUCUGUCAGACUGCUGUAAUUUGAAUAAAUGUUGCAUCAAUGCGAA